GCAGGAGGAGGAGAAGUGGGGGGAGAAAGAACUUCAAAGCCGGCAGGUUGCCAUGGCAGCUGUCACUCAGGCGAUUUCCAUGGCGACGGGGCGGAGAGGGGCGGGGGUGCUGGGCUUGCUGCACGGCUGGGGAGCAAGUUCAGGUUCCCCCUUUGCAAGAGGCUCGGCUGCUGCGGCUAAGGCGGAGGUGGUCCGGCGGAGCUUUGGGACCCGAGCAGCGGCCAUGGCGGCCCUCAAGGUUGGAGAUAAGCUCCCCAGCGUGGAGGUCUACGAGGGAGACCCUAGCACAAAGGUGAACGUGGCAAGCCUCUUCAAGGGCAAGAAAGGGAUUCUUUUUGGAGUGCCUGGGGCGUUCACUCCUGGUUGCUCAAAGACCCACCUCCCGGGCUAUGUUGAGAAAGCAGGACAACUGAAAGGCAAAGGAGUGGAGAUCAUCGCCUGCCUCUCCGUCAAUGAUGUCUUUGUCAUGAACGAGUGGGGAAAAGCUCAACACGCUGAGGGCAAGGUGAGGAUGUUGGCAGAUCCCACAGGUGCAUUUGGGAAGGCUACAAACCUGUUGCUGGAUAAAGAACCACUUCGGGAUCUGUUUGGGACUAACCGAUCCAAACGGUUCUCCAUGGUGGUGGAGGAUGCGGUGGUGAAGGCCUUAAACGUGGAAGAGGAUGGGACAGGCCUUACCUGUAGCCUGGCCAACAACAUUGUCUCCCAGCUCUGAGUCUCAGACAGCUGUGUCUCUUGCAGCCGCUGUCCUCAGUGCUAAGAGCAACAUUACCCACCCCUCUGCAUGGCUCUCAGGUGGGGUGGCUGUAUCAAGAUACCACGCACAAAAGCCAGGGCACAGUCUAAACUACUCCUGGGGGAGGAGGGUGCAUUAUUUAGCUGCUUUUACCCCUGCUCUGGCAGUUCAGUAUUUCUUGGGUGUAAUCACCUGAAAUAAAGCUACGUUGAAUUAUC